GGGUGGUUUCCCCUGGAACAAAUGGCUGUCUGCUGAAUGACAACCACGAGAUUUAAGACAUCGUGUUUUAUUUCGUCGUCAGUCUGCUGAUCUCUUACAAACAAGGGACUACAGUAGGAAGAUAAGAAUGAGGAAGUUUCCAAAGACGAAGUCAGUUUCUUUCAGGAAGUAUCUAGGAGCUGGAAUCAAGGUGGCUUUACUGGCAGAAGGUCUCGCUUUAAUUGGAACAUAUUUUCUAUGGAAUCGCAUGAACAGUUCAAGAGAUUUCCGUCACAGUGUAUACAACAUUGCUCCUGUUUUUCUUGAAUCUUAUUACUGGGUUGGGGAGAAACUGGGUGGCUUGCCCACCCGUCAAGCAGACUUUGAGGCAUGGGGAGUGCCUAUGAAGAAAUGAUGCUUCAUGUCAUGGUCCACUCUGUCAUGCAGACUGUCGAACCUUAACUUCAGUACACAUAUGGUGCAUCUUUGGACAAAUGAUGUGCCCUGACGACACAAAGGGAGAAAAACUAGCGAAAAACACUAGAUGAUUCUUUCAUUGGGUCGGUGAUAUCUUAUAACAUGAAAGAUGAAUAUCACACUGCAUUAAUUCUGCAAACAAGCAGGUGUAAUUUGAAACCUGUACUAAGCAAACAACAACUGUAUGUGGAAAGAGCUAGUUUAAAAAUAAUUAUCUGGCAUUUCUCUUCUGAUUCAUUUGGAUGCAGUGCAGCUCAAGACUUUUUGAGUCCACAUGGAUUGCAAUGUAGCCACCUAUGUUAGCUACGUCACGUUUUGAGUUAAAGGGUUGAUGACAGCCAAACAUUUCAGCAAAUGCUGAAGAAUUAAGGAUGAGAAGUAAAAAUUUAUAGUAACAAGAGAGAGAGAGGGUCGACAUCAUGGGUUAUUUCCCUUCUAUUGUAUGAAAGCUCGAAAAAAGAGCGGAUCGCCUCAUGUACAUGAAUAGUGAAAUCAGGUUUGGAAUGACAUUAAUAAUAAAAUAAAAACUGCCAUCUGUUGAACUCUUGCGUGCCGUUGUGCAUGCUGACCUGCCAUCAUGAUUUGUCUAUUGAGGGAGAUGUCACGAAAGCGAAGACUGUUCUGUCUGACUGUGGAACAGAAGCGGGAGAUUUGUGUGUUUCACGAUCAGAACCCAUCCAAGACGCAAAAGGAGAUCGCAGACAUUUUCACGCGGCGUUUCGGUCAGCCGGUCAGUCGCCGCACCGUGGGGGACAUCCUGAGCGGCAAGCCCAAGUGGCUGGCCAACCAGUCACGUGACGCCAAGCGCCUGCGGCAGGGCAAGCACGCGGAACUAGAGGAUGCACUACACCUGUGGUUCGCCUCCGCCAGCGCGCAGAACGUGGUCGUCACAGAUGCCGCACUACGGGACACCGCACGGCAGAUCGGAGCGGAGCUGGGUGUUGACGACUUCCAGUACUCCAACGGAUGGCUCCACAGGUUCAAGACCAGGCACCGCAUCGCCAGCCAGAGGGCCACGUCCAAGUCCAGAGAGGUACUGGCUUCCCAAAGGCUGGUAUGCGGUGAACAGCCAGUCGAACACGGCCAAGACAUCCCAGGAGACAAUCAUAUCGGAGUAGACCCCAGCGCCGUGAGCAUCACUUGGCGAGGGGUUCCAGGGAGGUGGCUAAAUGGGUAUCCUUGCCGGGACAUCUACUUUCUAGUCGCUACAGGGCUUUUCUAUCGAUUGAUGCCUGACCGGUCACUGACCACCCCGGACCCAAGCAAGGGCCUGGACAAGCCCAUGAAGGACAGGGUCUCUGUGGUGCUGUGUGCAAAUGCUGAGGGCAGCGAAAAGCUGAAGCCCCUGAUCAUCGGGACAGUGCAGGACCCGCCCUGUCUCAGGGGAAGACUCAAAUCCGAGCUGUGCAUCGAAUACCGCGCCAACCAGAAUGCCUUGCUGGGAGCUAGCUUGCUGCGUGACUUCCUGCAAGCUUUCGAUCGACGCAUGGCGCGUGAGAACAGGCGCAUCCUGCUGCUGCUGGAGGACCACACGCCAAUAAACAUCACUCACACCGACUUGAGCCACGUGCGGUGCCUUUUCUUGCCCCCUUCCGCCACUUGUCACGAACGGCAGCCGGUGGGAGCUGUGAUGGCGCAGGCGUUCAAAUCGCACUAUCGACGACUUGUCAUGCAGUUCUUGGUGGCGGAGGUGGAGGCUGGACGUCCGCUGCCCCUAGUCGAGCUUAGCGAUGCCCUUCGCUGGAGCCAGCUCAGCUGGGAUCACGUGACUGCCGAGGUCAUCGCGGCUUUCUGGCAUCAAGUGAAGCUCGUGCCAGGCGACCUACAGUCGUCCCCUGUAGCAGCAGACAUAGUAAAACCUUCGGGCGCCGCGUGCGACCUUCACGACCUCCUGCAGCGUCUGGGCCACGCGACAAACAUUCCGCCGUCCCACCUGAUGACGCCAGAUGAGUACCUGGCGGUGGACAACUGGUUGCCCACUUGCGAACUGACUAGCGAUGCGCAGCCUCUGGCCUUAGCCAACAGUCAGAAGACAGGGGAGACGAGCGGUGGAGAAGAAGAGAAGCGGGACGACCUGUUUGGCAUAGCCUCCGCCUCCACACCGAGCAAGCGAGCGGACGUCAGCCACGAGGAGGCUGCCAAGGCGCUGGAUGUGUUGAUGCGGUUCUUCGAGCAGACCCCCCUGGCGAGGCCGGACGACAUUCGGGCUCUGUCAGUGAUCAAGUGCAGGGUGGAUCAUCUCUGCCAGUGACCCACUCGGAUAUGACACGCUUAGAGUGUCUUUCCCUUUUGAAGAACUUUUGGUGACAUCUUUUUGCCCAUUUAUACUAAUGAUUUUCUGUCUUAUUAGUAAAUGUUCUUACAUGUAAUGCUCAGUUUCCAAUAAGAUUUUGGUUUUUUUAAUUUUAGUCUUUGCGAGGUUUUUGCAUUUUUUUGUUUUGGAAGUCUUUGAAGUGCCGACUAAAUGAACUGGACUAAUGUACUUUCAAGUACUUCAUAGGGUUACUUGUCAGUUCCUAUUUCAUUGCUGUUCGACUUUCAGAUAGAAGUACUCUGACAGCUUAAAAGUGUAUCUAUUAUUUUAGCCAGUUAAAUAUUUUCACUCUG